AUGUAUAGUUUCUGGACCUACGUGUGUGGUUCUGGGCUGGAAGUAGAUGGUGACGCUGACGGGUUCUCCAUCGCAUCGGACGCUUCAGACGAAGCCACCAGUACAACUUCUGAUGCUAGUGAAGUCGUUGAAGACGACUCAGAGCAGAUCAAAAGUCCAGAGGAGGUUGCUCGACGGUGCACCGACUCGGGAUGCGUCUGGCUGUGGGCAGCGUGUCUAGCAUCCUUUGCCGUCUGUAUUUUAUUAGGAACACUGCAAGAGGAGCGACACCAGUUCGUGAGGCUCACGAACAAAAGAGGUACACAAUGUGGCGUUUUUGAUCAGAAGGGCAAAGAGUUUUGGUUUCUCUGCACGGCGAACGAGUCAAGCUUCGCGGACUCUAUCGCCACAUGCGUGCCAGACUGUGCAAUGGGGAGCGAUCUCAAUAGCUACUGUGAGGAUGCUGCGUUUUCGGAAGAUGCAACGCUGGGCGGGAAUUCAACUCCUUCGAAUAACUACACGUACCUGGCUCGGCAAGCUGGACCUCUUUGCGUACCGGUGCACGCUGGCCGUGCUUCGAGCUUCCGUCGGCAGCUGGUGGAAAGGGGCUUUUUGUCCAUCGAUAUGUUCUUGACAGCAGAAUCUUCGUGGCCUCCUUUGGUGUUUGCUGCUGUGCUGUCAGUUGCAAUAUCGCAUUCCUGGAUUCGGGUUCUUCGUGACCAUGCUGGCACCUUGGCGUGGGUGGGUGUCUACUUGCUGGUGGUUUUUCCGAUUGGAGUCUUAGCCUACGAGUGGCUCCAAAGUGGUUACGUAUCCAUCAUCUCCAUGACGCUGACUGCAGUCGUCGUGUGCUGCAUCUCAUGCCUGGCGUGCCGCAGUCAAGAGAACCUUGACAGAGCCACUCUCUGCCUCAACGCUGCCUGCCAAUGCGUGACGGACAUGCCGAUUCUGCAAGUUGGGCCAGUUGCUACCUUGGCUUUACAGUUGGUUUCGGGAAUUGCCAUCUUAUGGGCACUGCAGUUCAUGCCGACGACUUUGCACAUUGAUCUUCGCGAUGGCCGCAUCGGCUGCCAGGCGUAUGGUGGACACGUGAGAAAUCUUGCGGAUGUGUCCAUUGCUGGAAUCUACAUCCUGUUCUUGCUGUUUGUGCUUAAUGUUAUGAACGCCUUUUGGGAAAUGGGCAUUGUAUUCCUGACCGUGCAAUGGUUCGUGCACCUAAGAAGAAGCGACGAUCCUCCACCUUUCUCGAAGUCGUUGAGGCUCUUGUGCAUCAUGUGCAGGUACCACGCAGGGACCAUCAUAUUUGCCGGAAUUCUUAUUGGAUUUGUUCGACCGCUUCGUUUCUUGCUUGGCACCAUGACAGCUGCCACGCGCAUGAGGACCAACCCAGUCAAGGACUGUUGCAUGUCCUGCUGUUCUUGCCUGGUGGGCUUUUACCGGGACUUCCUGGAGCCGUUGUCCGUGAACGCUUACGUGGAUGUCGCAUUGCGUGGGUCUUCGCUGCUCCAUGCUGCGGGCAGAUCCCAGGAAGUCACCGAAGAAGACCGCAUCACCGCCAAUUCGCUGAAUGGGAUGACCUUCGUUUUCCAAAUCAUUUGCGUGGCGUUGACGUGGUGGUUCGGUUUUGUCACAGCGUACAUUGCCGUUACAAUGGUGCCCGCAUAUCGGGAUUCUGAGAGCCCUAGUUUCAUUAGAAACACCGCACAUUGGUGCAUCAUCGGUGGCUGCGUAGCAGCUGCAUGCGCUUAUCCAUUCGUCAUGGUGUUCGACGUUGCCUCCGACACGAUCCUUUAUCUCAGCACAGACACAGUCAUGGAAGCGAUAGAAGAUGACCCACGCCACCCCAGUGGCCGAGCGGCCACGCUCGGCGAUGCCCCAGUAAUGCGUAUGUUGUAUUCGAUUGCCGAGUCUGUUGGUUUGGGCUGUGGUGGUGGGCGACCAUGA